AUGAAGCCGACACCAAGCAUAGACGGUCAACAAAUAGGCGAGCGACCAAUCGACUCAUGUCGCCCGAUCAAGGUUGUUUGCAUUGGUGCCGGGAUAUCGGGUAUUGUUACUGCGAUCCGUUUCCCGCAGCAUAUCAAGAACCUCACCUUGACUGUGUACGAAAAGAACAAGGGUCCGGGAGGGACUUGGUUCGAAAAUAAGUCAGUAAACAUUGUUUUCAUUGAUAGCUUCAUACGUCCCUCAGAUAUACCUUCCCAUGCUUAUCAGUUCACCUUCGAAAACAACCCAAAUUGGAGUCGUUUCUAUGCUCCUGGUUCUGAGAUCCUAAAAUAUCUGAACCACGUGGUAGACAAGUAUGGCGCCCGAAAGUACAUGAAGUUUGAACACCAGUUCAAAGGCGCACGUUGGCUAGCAGACGUGGGCAAGUGGCAGAUCGACGUCCUGAGGUUACCUGAUGGUGAAAUUAUACACGACACUGCCGAUGUUCUAGUGAAGGGCACUGGAACCCUGAACAAGUGGAAGUGGCCUCAAAUCGAGGGUCUCCAUAGUUUUGAGGGUACUCUUCUGCACUCAGCUCGAUGGGAUACGUCUUUUGACGCCAGUGGGAAAAGUAUAGCCGUUAUAGGAAAUGGCUCAACUGGUAUCCAGAUCGUGCCAGCUUUGCAGCCAGUGGCAACACGCAUUGACUCGUAUAUACGUUCAAAAGCUUGGGUAUCCCCUAGGGGACCUUUUGGGGAACUUGUCGAAAAUCAUGAUGGGAAUGAAAACUUUUUUCAUUCGGAAGAGGAAAGGUCAAAUUUUUCUCAGAAGCCGGAACAGCUCCUGGAAUAUCGCAAGGGAAUCGAGGAAAUACUUCAUCAGUCUUACCUGAGGGUAUUCACCGACUCAGUUCCACGACAAGAAGCCGCAGAAAAGCUUCAAAAGCUGGUUCAGGAGAAGUUGGCGUCAAAACCUGGCCUCUUCGAGCUACUUCGACCCAAAUGGCCGGUCGGCUGCAAACGUCUUGGUGCCUCCCCUGGCUAUCUCGAAGCCCUUACCAAAGACAAUGUCGACAUAAUCACGUCGGGCAUCAAGAGAGUCGUGGCGGAUGGAAUCCUGGACGGCGAAAAUGUUCUGAGGCCAGUAGACGCAAUAGUUUGCGCUACUGGCUUCGACACAUUGGCAGACACUCCGAUUCUAGGACAAGGCGGCGUCUCACUAGACGAGGUUUGGACGCCGGAGCCGGAGGCCUAUCUAUCUGUCAUGCCAGUAAAGAUGCCAAACCUCUUCCUUUACCUAGGGCCUAAUGGCGCGCCCCAAUCAACUAUGGUUGUUAUGAUUGAGUUUCAGUGCGACUAUAUGAUUGCAUGUAUUCAAAAGCUUCAGCGGGAAUAUCUAAAAUCAAUGGUUCCCAAGGAGGAGGCCAAGAACGACUUCAUCAGAUAUGCCGAUGAAUUCUUCUCCAAGACAGUACUUACCGAAGACUGCGCGUCGUGGUUCAAGAGUGGCGGGCGAAAGGACGGGAGAAUCACAGCUAUGUGGCCAGGGUCCUUGGUUCAUGCCUGGAAAGCGUACAAGAACCCACGCUGGGAGGAUUUCGAGUACGAGAGGCUAUCGGAAGUUGAAGGCAAUAGCCUCGCUUGGUUUGGUAAUGGUCUUACGGUCAGCCAGAUGGAAGGUACACCGAGCACAGCCUACCUUGACAAGGUAAACGUUCCACCAGUAGAUCAUACAUAUGACGGCUCGCUAUGA